UCAAACGCUGGUCGACCUUCUAUCAAUGAUGUUGAUAUGGAUAUUUCGUCCAUUCAUGACGGAAAUUCACCUCGGUCCGUUGCGUCAGAUGUAAUGGAUGUUUCAAUGUCCAUCGACAAAGCUGUUGAAAUGGAUUGUGAUCAAACACAAUCAGCGUCCGAACCCUCGAUUGACGACACAGCUGACGUCAGCAUGGAUUGCGAUGGCGGUAAUGGAACUGAUAUUUCCGUUGACAUGGGAAUAGAGUCAACUAUUCUUGAUGCAGAGCAUAAUACACCUACUUCGGAGCCGCCUGACUCACAUUCCAUUGAACCGAUUACGCCAUCUUCAGUUGAUGUUCCUAUAAGUUCUGAAAUGGAGGCGGAAUCAGCGGAUCCUUGUCUGAGUUUUGAAAGGUCUUUAUUCGUGUCUAAGAGUCGUACACCCGUCUCGCCAUCUGAGUGGACUGGACAGGAAGCAAGGGCGCAUUCACAGGCCUUUUCUCCGGAGUUUCUUCUCGCUGAUCCUCUGAAGGAGUUCAACCAAAUUCGACCUGCUCAAGUCUCCUUUGGUGGCCUGGACUCGGAUUCGCGACCACAGCCAAGACCCAUAUUUACCCCUGUCCUUACUCCUAUGCUCUCUUCUUCAAUGGGAACGGUCUCAAUGCAUGCGCUUCCAUCCGAUGAGUUUUUGAUUGCGGGAAAAGGUAAAUUUAAUCUACAAAUUGCUCGGGAUAGGAGGCUUGUCGAGCCAUUGUUACCGAACUUCGAAUUUCUUCGUGCCACCUCCACUCAUGCCUUUGAUCAAUUGAAAGCCAAACCGCCUGUGAUUUUACGACAACGAGUAACUGUAGAGGAGUUCAUAUACGAUUUGUUGGAACUGAAUGUAUCGACUGCUAUAAAGACAUCGUCUUUCGAGGUUAUACUGGAGAAAAUCCUGCCUAUUGAGUCUUGGAAAGCAGGAAAGUUGCAGAGGAGCGAAAAAACUGACUUUUGGUCGGAGUUCUUGGUGGAGUUCAAUGAAUUGCCUGUUGAUGCGAAGAUUCAACGUAUCAACUCCCUAAAGGAUUUCUUCUACGAUCGUAUUUGUUCAACCGCUGUCAAGAGGGCUGUGUCCAGUCUUCUACCCCCUUUGGAAAAUUUGGAGCAUCGGUUGGGGGAGAAGGUCGCGGCUCUAGAAAAGGAGGUACAGGCUAAAUUGAAGGAGGUGGAACAACUUGAAAUUGGUGUGUUGGCAUCCGCUAACUAUUGUUUCCUCCCCUUUCAAAUUCUGCGGAGGAGUUUUUGGAUCGUAAAUGAUCCCUUCCACUAUUUCGCAGCUCUAACCAAAGCUCGUGAAAAAAUUGAGGAGACAAAGGCGGAGACUGUAGAGAUCUUGAAAGAGCGAGAGGAGUUUCGUCUCCAGUUGGAAUCCAUGGAAUAUUCAAAGGUGGUAGAGGAGCAUCAAGAGGCAUCAUUCCACCGUCAUUUACCGACUUCAUACUACGUUGGAUUGGGUGCUUCCCUCUUCCCCUUUGGACCAUCUGUACCCCAAUCCCGACUUCUGGCAGUUUGUCGUAGUCUCUUUUCCACGUCUCAGAUCACCUGUGCCUCUGUGGAAGACAAUGUCUAUCACAUAAACACUCUCUUGGGUCUGAUUCUCAUAGAAGUCCACUGCAAAAGUCGGCAGCAAUGGAACACUUGGUCUGCGUCUGAACAGGAGAUCCUUAGCUUCCACAUUUGCUUGCAGAAAGACUUGGCUCAGCUAGAUGCGGUAAAUGACGUAGCUGAAUUUGCAGUCGACCGGUUGAAACAGAGGUGGUCUCUUCUAACGGAUUGCCUUGUGGGUCGGACCUUGGAGGAUUUUGUAGAUGUGAGCACUGAACAGAGAGGAUUGAAUAAAAAGUUGGACGGUAGUAUGCUAACUGUGCUGGUUCAGUUUUUAGAGUACUCUCUGCAGUCCUACGUCCUUCUCAUGAUGUUUCUUCGAGCUCUCUUCUUUGUCAACAUCUCGGCACUCCUUGAAUUACCCCCUACGGAUUCUGAGUGUUUUUCGCAAUUCCCAGACCAGGAUUAUCCUACAAAGGCAUGGAGAUAUUGUCCGAGUUUUUACACAGUUGCCAAGGCUCUGUCAUUUGAUGCAGCACUUGACUCGAAACCUCUCAGGUUAAUUGGGAUUAUUGCUCCGAAGGAAGUAAAUGCCGUAUUGAAGACGGUCUCUAAAGUGUCCUCCAUCUCCGAUCUCCUCAAUGCAGAAUCGAUCUCAUCCAUUUCUCUGGAGGACCCCAUUGGCAACAUCAGACUUGAACUCCUCCAGCAAUUAUCAUCCAAGGCGGCUCCUCACGCUCCAGACAACUUUGUCAGUUUUCACGAACGACUAGUCACAGACCUGCCCAGAACCUUAAUGGUCGAGGAUGAUGAAAGCGGAGAAUAA